AUGGACCAGGAAAAACAAAUCACUUCAAAUAACCCUGCUUCACAGUAUAGCACAGGCUUACAGAGUAUUUGGGACAUAGACAAUGCCACACUCUUCAAUGGAGUCUUUCAAAAUGUGGAAAGCGUUGCAUUAUUUUUUGACUGCCUGGGUUCUCACUUCACCUGGUUACAGUCCAUCUUCACUAACUUUCCUGCCCUUCUCAACUUUGUGAACAAAAUGAAGUGUGUUACUGGGCUUUGUCCCAGGGAUUUUGAAGACUACGGUUGCUCUUGCCGGUUUGAGAUGGAAGGGCUCCCCGUGGAUGAAGCUGAUGAAUGCUGUUUUCAGCACCGCAAAUGCUACGAGGAAGCGCUGGAGAUGGAGUGCACAUGGGACCCAUCCAAGAUUUCUGCAGAUUUCAGCUGCUCUACUAAAAACUUGACCUGUGAGUCUGUGGAUCCCUGUGAACAGUUCCUCUGCACCUGUGACAAAGAUGCCAUUGAAUGCUUUGUGAAUGCAGAGAUUAACUCCUCCUUGAAUGGGCUGGAUGUCUCUUCCUGCCCAUCUCCAGUUACAGUGGUUUCUUUUGAGCCUCGUGACACAGUCUUGGCAACUUCUAAAGCCAGAGGAUAUUGCUCUCACCAGCUAUCUAAAAUUAAAAUCUUGCUGUUUAUUUUCUAUUUCUUCUUCUGCUUUCUUUUUUCUGUUUAUUCAGAAGAAGAUGGAUUUAUGGAAGCUUUGGUCUCAGUGGAAGAGAUAACCACAUCCCCUGCCUCAUUCCCAGGAGAUAGUAACUCAAUGCAAGUCAAAAUUGUUCCCACCAGCAAGAGUCCUGCAGGCACACCUGCAAGGACAAAAGGAAAAGAGACAAACUCUGCCAGGGGUGGCCUGAGCACAGCUUCCCCUGGAAUAGCUCUGGACCUGGGACUGUCUGAGAGAGGACCUGAAGGAAAAGUGUGUGAGCGAUUGACCUUUCUGCAAGAGAGAGGACGUGCAAGAGUGAAGAGGGAGCUGCCCCAGCUUGGAGAAAUGCUGUUCUGUUUAACUGAGAGAUGCCCAGAGGAAUUUGAGUCUUAUGGCUGCUACUGUGGCCAAGAGGGAAGAGGUGACCCCACUGAUGCACUGGACAGAUGCUGCUUCUCUCAUCACUGCUGUAUGGAGCAAGUUGAGAAACUUGGAUGUCAUGCAGAAAGAAAUUUGAGAUCUGAAGUUGUAUGUUUGGAUCAUACUCCAAAAUGUGUUGGAUGGAGCACGUGUGAGAAGCUCCUCUGUGCCUGUGACAAGGCAGCAGCCGAGUGCAUGGCUUCUGCCUUCUUCAAUGAGAGCCUGAAGCUUCCCCACAGGCACGAGUGCCGGGAGGAGAGGGUGUCCUGCCCAGGGGACCCUGCUGAAAGGCCUCCAGCAGGCACAGAAACAGGCACAGGGGGUUCCAGCUCCGAGGAGAGCAGUGAGGAGGAAGGAGCCCUGCGCAGCGGAUUCCGAAGAGCCAAGAGAGGGACCCGACAUCGCACUGGGAACUCCAGCACUGUGGGACACGAGGGCAGAGAGCCACCCACCUCCACAGGCUUGGGAAGGGGCAGGACAGCAGCCAGCCUCUGAGCACCUGCCUCCUUAUCCUUUACACGCUGCCUCACGCUCUCCAGCACACAAAAGAUGUAAUCAUAGACUAGGACUAGGUGUUAGGCUGUAUUAACUCCUUACUCUAGCAAGGUCAGCAAUAUGGACCAUCUAUCUAGGUCAGGUAUUACCUUAAAUAAUUAUCUGACAGCGUUCUAUAUAAUUUCACUUGAUUUUUUAUGUAAAAACUGUUAUGGUCAGACUGACUUUUGUUAACUGUGCACUUGCUUCAGACUGGAUCUUGCUGAUGGUGGCCAAAUACUCCAGAUUUUUAAUUAAACCAACCUGCAACUACUCCAACUCCUUUUGCAGACAUUCUUCCUUUACUGAGCUUAGCAGGAAACACCCAGAAGCAAAGCUCAAGCAAUUGCAUGAAAAUGAGUUUCUUUUUUAAUUCCUGUCUAUAGCUGUGACUCCCUUCUGAAGGCAACACAAGGUCCAAAAUGCUAGACAGACCCUUCUCCUAGGGAAGCCUCUUCCCUCCCUGGGGCCCAAGUUAAGGACAUAAGCAGGAAAUUUCCCAGCCUGGUACAGCCCUUGGACUGCUACUACUUUUAUUGCUCUUCCAUGUUGGGGGUGAUGAAGUCACAAUGUUCAGUCCAAGGGUGAUCAAAAGAGACUUCAGUGCCUUGGAAUGGCUGAUCAGGAACUGUGGAGCACAGGUCAUUUUAUCCCCCAUCCCUGCAGGGUCAGACCCAGUCUAUCAAUAGCUGGCUCCAUGGCUGGGGUCACAGCCAGAAUUUGGGUUUUUUUGGUAAUGAAAUGAUUAGCACAUGUUUGUGUCAGAUGGGAUUCACAUUUCUCACAUGGGCAAGAGGGUCUUUGCUCAUGGGCUAUCAGGGCUGAUUGACAGGCUUUAAAACAAACUUGAAGGGGGAGAGGUGUAAUAUCAGGCCAUGACAAACUUAUAAAGAUCCCUUCCAACUCAAGCCAUUCUAUGAUUCUAUAACUCAACAACACUUCCUAGAACAAAAAAAAUGUUGCUACAAACUUCCCAGUGAUUCAGCUGUUCUUAUACAGGUCUGGAUUUCUUCUCCAUCAUCUUGGAGAUCUACAUCUACGGGGCUGAAUUUGUCACCAAAGUGUUCCUACAAACCAGUGACUGUAUCCUCAUAUGGGUGCAGAGAUGUUGCCUGUGUUCUUCCAGAUCCUGCAGCAGUUCACUAAACCCCAGCAUCUGAUCCUGUGUGAACUGAACAGUGUGAGAACAGCAGGUGAAAAUUCCUGUGAAUGUUCUUAGAUGAGCACUUUAUAUUCUAUAUAAAAUUCUGGCUGGUGAUAUGCCCCCUUCAGUAUUUUUCCUACAUUAAAAGUGCAAAGGAUUACUACAGUGCAAAAACCCCCCAAACAAAUGAAACCCUAAACAAACAAACA